UUGAUUCUGAUUGACCUCUGUUUUCUUUCCAACAAAUACUUUACUCUCUUCUGAGUUGUGACCUGCUUCUCCUUCAAAUCAACACAACAUGAAUGAUUUGCUCAGUGAAUCAUUUGCAGCUGAUGCCAGGGAGCAUCCUGCUCGAGAUAUGGAUGUUCAAAUGAGUACUCGACUUCCCAGAAAUAAUUCUGACAUGGGAAUGGAAGCAUUUAACAAGCAGAUACAAGAGAUUGAGAAACAAGUGGAUAAGGUAUCAGAGUUAUUGAAAAAACUCAAGGAUUCCAAUGAGGAGUCAAAGUCCGUGACAAAGGCAUCUGCAAUGAAAGCUAUUAGAAAGCGAAUGGAAAAAGACGUUGAUGAAGUGGGAAAGAUUGCGCGUAAUGUUAAAGCGAAAAUACAAGCAGUCUGUAAAGAGAACAUAGCCCACCGACAAAAACCUGGAUGUGGGGCCGGCACUGGUGUUGAUCGCUCUAGAACAAAUAUGACAAAUGCUUUGACAAAGAGGUUUCGGGACUUAAUGACUGAGUUUCAGACAUUAAGACACAAGAUUGAUGAUGAAUACCGUGAGGUUGUGGAAAGAAGAGUCAUUACAGUCACUGGAACAAGACCCGAUGAAGAGACGAUCAACAACCUUAUAGAAACUGGAAAUAGCGAGCAGAUUUUCCAGAAUGCAAUGAAAGAAAUGGGCCGAGGACAGGUUCUAAAUACAUUGGAAGAAAUUCAAGAAAGGCAUGAUGCUGUGAGGGAAAUAGAAAAAAAGCUUCUUGACCUACAUCAGAUAUACUUAGAUAUGGCGGUUCUUGUUGAUGCUCAAGGAGACUUGUUGGAUAAUAUCGAAAGCCAGGUAACGAAUACAGUGGAUCAUGUCCAAUCAGGGACAAGUGCACUACAGACUGCAAAGAAACUACAAAAGAACAGUCGAAAAUGCAUGUGCUUUGCGAUUAUUUUGCUAUUAAUUAUAAUUGCCAUAGUUGUGGUUGCUGUUAUUCAGCCAUGGAAGAGUGGCAAGUGAGAUUAAAACACUUUUAUCAGAGUCUUGAGGGUGCAACUUUUUUUAGUUACAUGCUUUUUCAACUUUAGUCUUUAGGGGUGUUUUCUUUAUAGGGUGGCUUUUAUAUGUAUAAAAAUAUAAUAUAAUCUGUGUUUAUAAUUUGCUAGUUGCUAUAGUUUUAAAAUUUUUUUGUUUUUCAGCUAGUUAGGCAACGGGUGUCGGUAGAUGUUAAGUGUGUGUGUGUCAAAGUUACUUGUGGGAUCAUUGGAACAUUUUAUCUAUAUUUAUCUUUGAAUUCUUAUGUUAAUCGAUGUAUAAA